GCCUGGUUUAAAAGAGCUGAGUGUUCAUUGGUUUUCAGGACAAUAGGAGCUUUUUAGUUUCUUUUCAAUAUGGACAAUCAAGUAAUACGUAACCUUUUUACAAGCUACUCGUUGUUCAUGGAGCCAUCUUUUUAUGGAAAAUGUCAUUGACUUCUGUAAUUUCUGUUUGGUACAUCAGUCUUUCAACUCCAGUGCGAAAAUUUAAGAAGCAAACGUGUAUGUUACAGGAUUACAAACAGUCUUUAUUACUAUUAGUUCCUGGCAGUAGUGCAUAAUGGCUUCAACUCGGCCACGAAGGCAAUGAAAUGAACGACAAACCCAUCAUAGCUGCCUUCUGAAGUUGGCACGGCACGUAAACAUAAACAGCGGACACAACAUACGUCAUUGCGUUGUGUUCUUUUCUGCUAUGAAAAAAAUAAUUUGGGUUUUUGACAAAUGAGAAGUCUGUUGGCCGAAAUUGACGUCAGAGUGUAAACAAUUUUUGGGAUUAACUCAAAAUUAAUACCACAGGUAACGUCCCGAUUUGUUAAUCCGUAUAAAAUUACUUAGAGCUUGACCAAAAGUAUGUGGACACCUUACUAUUAAACACGUAUGUACUUGCUGAGCGUCCCAUUCCAAAACUAAUAUGGAAUUGUUGUUUUUUUUUUUGUUUUUUUUUGCUGCUAUAACAGUUUCUACUCCUCUGGGAAGGCUUUCCACUAGAUUUUGGACCAUGGUUAUGGGAAUUCAACCACAAGAGCAUUAGCGAAGUCAGGCACUGAUGUUACUCAAGAAGAGCAGAUGCAUAACAACCCCUCUCAUAUAAACUACGGAUUUCAUUAUGGAGAAGAAAGACCUCCCGCACAAGCGCCUGGAUAUCCACCGCCGAUUUAUCCCACCGUACCUCUGUACUCGAACGCAGCACCUGCACCCAUCAACACACACUACACCGUCACAUCCGGGUUUCCUCAUACCCCAGCGGCACGCAAAGUCAGCAGAAAUCGAUGUCUGUGCAUAACAGCAGCAGUUAUCUUCGUCUUCGUCAUCCUGGCAAUAGCGGCCGUGUUGCUCUGGUACUUCUUAGCCGGAGCGUGCGUGACGGGCCGGACGUGUGGUCAGAGCAGCACGUGUGUGCGCUCGUCGCAGUGGUGUGAUGGACGGACGGAUUGUCCAGCAGGCGAGGACGAGGCCCAGUGCUUUCGUUUCUACGGUCCUAAUUCCAUGCUGCAGAGUUUUUCAAACGAAGACCAAAAAUGGAAGGUAGUGUGUUCAGACAGGUGGAACGACAACACUGGGAAGCAAGCUUGUAAGGAGAUCGGAUAUUCCAGUUCUGACUAUGUUAGUUAUGGGACAAUAGAUCCAGGUUCCAGCGCAGGAGACGGCUACAUGACCCUCAAAUCUGAUUACUCAAACGUACUCAGCUCUGAGCCUGUACAUAGCUCUCUCUCGAACAGUGCGAGAUGCCAGACGAACACAGUGGUGACCCUGAAGUGUAUCGAUUGCGGAAGGUCUCUCGCUCCUGGAACGCGCAUCGUCGGAGGGGAAGUGGUGAAUACCCUGGGACGCUGGCCAUGGCAGGUCAGUCUGCACGCCACUGGGAGUCACACGUGUGGAGGAUCGAUCAUCACUCCAUCAUGGAUCGUCACCGCUGCUCACUGCGUUCAGUCACUUUCAUCUCCAAGUCAGUGGAAGGUGUACGCCGGGUAUCUGACCCUGAACCAGAUGGAAUACGUCAGCGGUAACUCGGUCGCGCGGAUCAUCUCUCACCCCGGCUUUGACACUGAUAACAAUAACAACGAUAUUGCUCUGAUGAAACUGUGGACGCCACUCCAAAUAUCGUCUAGCAUUAGACCAGUGUGCUUGCCGAACACCGGUCUCGACUUGUCAACAUCAAGAACAUACUAUGUUACUGGAUGGGGGGCGACCAGGAGUCAAGGUUCUGCCUCUAACGAGUUACGUGAGGCUCAGGUCUCGCUGAUUAGCAGGACGGUGUGUAACAGCCAGCAGGUUUAUAACGGCCGAAUCACGGACACCAUGAUCUGCGCAGGCAAGCUGGAGGGUGGAGUGGACUCGUGCCAGGGGGACAGCGGUGGUCCUCUGGUCACUUCGGAGAAUUUUCUGUGGUGGCUGGUGGGAGAUACUAGCUGGGGUCAGGGCUGCGCUAUUCGAAACCGGCCGGGUGUUUAUGGAAACGUGACCACCUUCCUCGAAUGGAUUUACACGCAAAUGAAGAAAUAUUAAUUUGAAGUCUGGGCAAAAUGGAUGGACCUCAUGGACCUUCAUUUCCGAGGAACUUCAUGAAGGAUGAUUUUGAAGAUGUUUAUAUUUAUAUAUCCUGUGGAUUAGCAGUAUUCCCUAAUCGUUUAUGUUCGAUGAAUUCUAUUUUUGUAAAAGGUGGUUUUUUUGUUCCUUUUUUUAAUUUUUUAAAGCAAAUUUUGACUAAAGCUUAUGUCAGAUGUCUAGUGUUUGCGGUUUUAAACACUUCAACUAUUUAUUGUAAAAAAAAACAAAAAAAACAAAACAAAAAAAAAAUCUUAAUGACUAACCUGUCUAGGUUGUUUUUAAGCACCGUGUCAGAUACAUUAAAUCAAAUGUACGGAUCAGUGUGUUACGCUCCAGGUAGCCAACGUGUUUUUUAAGACUGUCGUGAAAGCAAAUUGACUUGUGCUUUAUUUGCACGAGCCGUUUUUUUUUCUCCACACACUACCCCUGAGCACAGCGAGUUCAGAAACAGGGCGUGAGUGGCCGAGAAAGUGGCUUUGAUUCUCUUCCUGCGCUGAUGGUAUUUCUCCAUAAAGACAGUUUAUUAUGAUUUUAUGUAGCAGCUGAAUACCAUUUAAAAACCCAAGACGCUUUUAAAACAUAAGGUGUGUGUUUAUAAAAAUGAAUAUGAUCAUAGAAUUCCCUCUGUUUCUGUACAAACAGUAUGAAUUAAAAUUAUUAUUGUAUAUGUGUGUGUGUAUAUACAUAUAUAUAUAUAUAUAUACAUAUAUAUAGAAACAUA